AAUUAUAUGUAGUACCUACAGCCGUCACAUUCACAGAUACAGAAGUGGAAUAGAGGUUGCCAUGGGCUUAAGGGAGGGGAGAACGGGGAAGUUGUUUUUAAUUAGUAUACAUUUCGGUUUGGCAAAAUGAAAGGAGUUCUGGAGGUUGGUUGUACAACCAUGUGAAUAUAAUUAGCGCUAUUGAACUAUGCACUUCAAAAUGGCUAAAAUGGUAAGUUUUAUCCCUUUGCGUUUUACCACCAUUAAAUUAAACAAAAACAAAAACAAAAACCUUAAGCCUUGCAUUGACACACAAACAUCGUAUCAGUGUGGGUAAAGGCAUGGGAUUUAUUCCGGUUUGAACCAGUGUUUAAAUUCCGAGUUCCCACCGCUGAACUGUAUGCCCUUGGAAAAUAUGCAGAACCCUUUUGGGCAACCUCAGUUUUCUUCUCUAUGAAAUGGGAAUAAUUAUACCUCGCUGCCUCUCAAGAGAGCGCUCUGAGAAGAACAGAUCAUCUCAAGGUCCCCUGUGGCUCCUAUCCCAGUCAAACUUUCAGACUGUCCAAACUCGGGGCUCUAGGGACGCGAUGGGGUCAGGGACCUGCGCUGGUCUUCUUGGGGGAGGGUCUCCCGCGGGGGAAGCAGCCUGCGCAGGCCCAGUGCUGCCACCUGCUGGUGCACCUGUGCACCAGCGGAGGGACCGGGAGAGAAAUGGCGCCAGCGGUCUCCUGUGCCCAGUGAGGCCCCUCGAGGGAUACUACCUUACUGCGACUCCUCCAAGAAGGGCAAGCCGUCUUCCCGCCGCGUGCCACAGGUAUAGGAAGAAUACCUAUCUUUUCAUCUACUACUUAAUCCAAUUCUGUGGCCACUCAUGGAUAUUUACCAAUAUGACAGUCCGAUUCUUUUCAUUUGGAGAAGAUUCCAUGGUUGACACUUUCUACGCUAUUGGUCUUGUGAUGCGUCUUUGCCAGUCCAUUUCCCUCCUGGAGUUGCUGCACAUAUAUGUUGGCAUUGAACCAAACCAUCUCUUUCCCAGGUUUCUGCAGCUCACAGAGAGAAUAAUUAUCCUCUUUGUGGUGAUCACCAGUCAAGAGGAAGUCCAAGAGAAAUAUGUGGUGUGUGUUUUAUUCAUCUUUUGGAAUCUAUUGGAUAUGGUUAGGUACACUUACAGCAUGUUGUCAGUCAUAGGGAUAUCCUAUGCCGUCUUGACCUGGCUCAGUCAGACACUGUGGAUGCCCAUUUAUCCUCUGUGUGUUCUUGCUGAAGCAUUUGCCAUCUAUCAGUCGCUGCCGUAUUUUGAAUCAUUUGGCACUUACUCCACAAAGCUGCCCUUUGAUUUAUCAAUCUAUUUCCCAUACGUGCUGAAAAUAUAUCUCAUGAUGCUCUUUAUAGGCAUGUAUUAUACCUACAGUCAUCUUUACUCAGAAAGAAGAGACAUCCUUGGAGUCUUUCCCUUUAAGAAAAAGAAAAUGUGAAGCACCGCAUUCCGAUGUGAGAGAAGGAAGGACAGGCUUGUGGACUCAGCUGUAACAAACAACACAGGAAGUGGCCUGCUGGAAAAAUACCUGCUACUGGACACGGCUCCGCGACGACCACCUUCUCCUCGAGCUUGAAGCCGAUCGCAGCACUCUUAUCCUUGCAUGUUCCACGCAACCUGCUUUACCAAAGCUGUGGAUUUUAUACAAGUAACUUUACAUUGAUUCUUUUCCUGUAAGGCAAACGAGAAAUAGAUUCACUGGAACGGAUUCAAUGAAAUUGAGAAACCAAAGUUGUUAGCCGGGAUUUUAUCUGUUUACAUCUUUUUCUUUUCACUUCGGAGUUUGCAAAUAGCAACUCCACGGGAGGGCAACAAUGUGAAAUAUGUGGCAGUUGUCUAGAAUAACGUUUUAUAGACCGAUGUCACCCUCACCAGGGCUCACCCCCAUCUUACACAUUAGACACGCUGAGAAAAUUCUACAUUUUCCAAGCCCUGAGAAAGUAUUCAUUAAUAUUUGGAGUUUGAUGCCUUAAAAAGAGGAGACUGAUGAAAAUAGAAUGGAUCUUUGGUAAAUAUACAAAUAUUUAUUUGAUCCAUAUUCCUUUUCUGGGGCAGGGGUUGAAAUCAGGCCAUGUUACUUACAGGGAGGCAAAAGGUAAAAAUCUAGAGUAAAUUAUUUUAAAGGAGAUAAGGCAGUUAACUAGUGAUGUUUCAGAUUACUAUUGAAUUAUUGUUGCUAAUCACUGUCACAUAAGUCACAGAGUUUUGAAAACUGACUAAUAUCACUUCUGUAUCAUCAGUAUACAUUCACUUUUCUUGAAAGGAGUCUAGAAUCUUAUUAUCCAGUAACUAUAUAAAAAGGUUACUAAAUAUUUUAUGACAUAAAAACCAGGUAGUAAAAUAUAGUUACAGAAAAAUUGGUAACUAGGUAAAGAUAACUGAUAUCUUUGAAAAUUUAGUAUCCUAUUUGGGAUCUUAAAAUACUUAAAAUCAUCCUUCUAAAAAGCUACAUCCUGAGAUACCUGGGUGGUUCAGUCAGUUAAGCAUCCAAUUCUUGAUUUUGGCUCAGGUUGUGGUUUCAUAGAUGUGCGUUCAGGCUGCACAUUGGGCUCCAUGCGCGGCAGGGAGUCCACAUCUUUCUCUCUCCCCCC